AUGCAUUUCUCUAUCCUCCUCUUGUUGACCCUGGCGAAAGCCUGGUCGCCCACUAACUCUUAUGCCCCGGGGGAGGUCGAUUGUCCAUCGUAUCUAAACGAAUCGGACUACAACACAGAUGACAGAAGAGGAUUUAUUCGUGCUGCCAACAGCAUAAGCAAGGAGGAGCAAGAUUGGCUCGCAGGCAGAGAGAACAUUACAAACGACAACCUCAGAUGGUUUCUGAGCCUUGCCAACAUGACGGAUUUCAAUAUCGACGACUUCAUGGACGAACUUGCCGAAAAAAGCCGGAGCAACGACACUAUCCUGGCUACCCCUAGAAUCGGACUCGCUUUCAGCGGAGGAGGCUACCGUGCGAUGCUGGGCGCGGCCGGCCAAAUUUCCGGUCUCGAUAACCGUACCCACGGCUGCUACGAGCACGGAUUGCCUAUUCUGUCGGCUGUUACUUACAUCGCAGGCCUUUCGGGCGGUUCCUGGUUCUUAUCUACUCUGGCCUUCAACAAUUGGACCUCCGCUCAGGACAUUCUAGACCAAACUGGACAGGACAACGCCACCUGGGACCUUACAGACUCGAUCCUGUCUGGUGGUGGUUUCUUCCAUGCGUUUGGAUACUGGGAUAGUAUCAGUGACGAUGUUCAGGCCAAAGAGGAUGCAGGCUUCGAUAUCACCCUGACAGAUCCCUGGGGAAGAGCAUUGUCUCACCAGUUCUUCCCCACCCUCGAAGACUACGGUGCCUCGAUGACCUUCAGCUCUUUAAGAGAUUUCCCGGUGUUCAAGAAUCACGAGAUGCCGUUCCCAAUUGUCGUCGCCGAUGGCAGAGCCCCGGGUACUGAAAUUAUCAGUUCAAACUCCACUGUCUUUGAGAUCACGCCAUUUGAGAUAGGCUCCUGGGAUCCUUCUCUUUACACUUUUGCGGACCUCAAGUAUAUCGGAACGAACGUCACGAACGGAAAGCCCGUCAACUCCUGCAUUGGCGGAUUCGACAACACGGGCUAUAUAUUUGGAACGUCUUCGUCGCUUUUCAACGAGGUUCUGCUGAGGUUAAAUGACAGCUCGACGACCAGCUUCCUGUCCUCCUUGCUCGAGGACUUUUUGGACCACAUCGGAUUCGACGAGAACGACAUCGCCGUCUAUAAACCGAACCCAUUCUAUAAUUCUGAGUGGGCAGCUCUGGACUCGAUUGUCAGCUCUGAGACGUUGGACCUAGUUGACGGUGGCGAGGAUAACCAAAACAUUCCACUUUAUCCACUAUUGCAACCAGAAAGACAAGUCGAUGCCAUUUUUGCACUCGAUAACUCUUACGACACAGAUAGCCAUUGGCCUAACGGAACAUCGCUCGUGUACACCUAUGAGCGCCAAUUCGGAUCGCAGGGUAACCAUACGGCAUUCCCCUACGUUCCUGACCAGGCAACGUUUUUGAACAAGAACUUGACGGCCAAGCCGGCGUUCUUUGGCUGCUAUGCCUCGAACUUGACUGAUCUCAUGGACGAGCUAGAAACGGACUAUGUUCCACCAUUGGUCAUCUACAUUGCCAACAGACCUUACUCCUACGACACCAACACGUCUACCUACAAGAUGUCCUACACGGACGACGAAAAAAUAGGUUUCUUCCAGAACGGCUUUGAAGUGACCACCAGAAAGAACCUCACCAUCGACGAGGAAUUCCGCGCAUGUAUUGGAUGUGCAGUUCUGCAGCGCUCCAGAGAAAGGCUCGGCUACUCCGUGGGGGACCAAUGUAAAAGAUGUUUUGAUACCUACUGUUGGGACGGUAGCCUUGACACCAAUGAGAACACUAUCGGCGUCAACUUCACCUCCAGUGGUCUCACUUCCCAAUCGGACAACACAAACGCUACGAGCGGCUCCGUGCGACUAGGUGCCGAUUACUUUACUGCCAAGCUUGUCGUGAUUCUAUCGGUUCUGUGUCUAGUUCUAUUUUAG